AUGUCCUCGCUUCUGGAACUUUUACUGUUGCGCCCCUUAGAUAUGGCCUCCACCACCCUUUGUAUUGACUUUCCUGUCUUUUGUGGUCAAGGUACUGCAGUCGCCAACUCGCCCCAGGCGCGCCAGCAGGCACCCGUCGACACUUCUUCUCCUUCAGGCUCUAGCUCUCUUUCCCAAGUCGACAUUGACCUAUCAGGCUUCCUCACCAAAGAGUCCAUCUUUGCAUUACCCACCGAACGAUCUUGCGCUACCUGGCGCACAUCGACGCCUGAGUUACUUCCAACGGGUCUCUCACCCCCGAUAUUGCCCCCGGCCGUUGUCGCUACCUCGUUCUCCAGCGUCUCUUUCUUCUCUAGAGCUGUGGAGGCAUAUCUUCUGGCUAUAUGGACUGAUGUACGCACGCAGAUUUUGCGCAGCACGACACUUUCAGGCUCGCUCCCUGAAGCCGCCUACUCUUCUUGGAGUCCUGUAUUUGUAAGAUUGAACAAACAAGAUGUGGAGGUUGCUAUUUCAGAAUUCUCAAAGACCAUCGCGGAACCAUCCCCUCUUUAUGUCACAGCAACAAUGGAUGCUAAUUCCGUUACUAUAUCAGGUCGCCCCGAUACACUCUCUACGUUUUCUGAGCGUGUUACAGCACACUCGUCAGCAGCUAGUAUCGUUGUACAUAAGACAACGCUCGACACCUUGUACCACGCGCCACUUCAUGUGGCGGGGACCCGGGAGGAGAUCCUUGCCGGCGUUGUUCGGAGAGACAUUCAAUUCCCGCAAAUGGCGGAUAUCCAUGCGUUGAAGAGGGAUGAGACCAGGUCACUUGUUGAGCUCAUUGUGGAUAUGGUUCUUUCCCAACCUGUCAACUGGGACUUGGUGACUUUAGGUGUUCUCAAGGACCUUCCCAAUGAUGCGUCUGGCGUCAUGCAAAGAGCGUGUAAAACUGCUCGAUCUUACAGCAUUGGACGCGAAGAGCCAUCGAAAGGAAAGAGGGAAGAUAUCGCUGCCGUCGCGAUGGCCGUCAAUAUGCCGGGAACUCCAACGUCUCUAAGCUCUGGGAAGUGUUGGAACAAGGUCUUAACACAAUCAAUUCCUGAGAACCGCUUCAAAGUGUCCGAUUACAGUGAAGCUAAGAACCCGAAGCGGCAAAUGAAGGCACACACCGGUAACUUCAUCGAAGGUGCCGAUGGAUUCGAUAACCACUUCUUCAAGAUCACCCUAGAAGAUGCCGACUAUGUUCCAAAUGCGACUCCCUCAUUCAAUCUGGAUACUUUUGGAUGCUACAUCGGUGUAGCUACCCAUCAUUACUUGCAAAAUCUACGUGAUGAUAUUGACGUGCGCUUUGAAAGCGUUCUUGAGCGGAUACCUGUCAUAUUCAAUGCAGCUCAGCGGUCCCUCUAUCGCUGUACCAUUCCCUGUCUUAUCUCCCUUCAUGGUGUUGCCCCUUUAGACGCGGACAACACGAUCAUUGACAGAGUCCAUACCACUUGGGACCCUUCUCAUGACGGUCAGACGAGGAUGGCACUCUUGAAUGACUUUGGUGCUGCUGGUUCGAACAAUACGCGUUCCAGGGCUAGACCGCCAGCAUCAAUAGCGCAGCAAGGUGUUGUAUUAAAAUCGUUCGAUUUUGAGCAUCAACUUGUUGAUAUGCCUCGCAACACUCGGAUCUUGGUCGUCCAUGGCCGUCUUGACCAAAUUAUACCAUUUUCAUUUGGACAGGUGAGGUGA